UAUUUAAAAAAUUAUUUAGCUAUCGCCGUGAAAUGACUAACCGUUUGGAGGAUAGUUCUGAAUUUUUGGAAGAAUUGGCUAGGCAAACGGACCAUUUGAGACAGAAUGAGUUGGAGAAAAUGCCGAAACAUGGGUCUUUAACUGAUAGGAUUAUCCAAUUGGAAGACGAAGUUGACAGACUACAAAUUGAAAAUCGCGAACUUCAAACCCAUUGUGACGACUUACAGGCCCAAUUAUUACACAAUUCUGUGGAAUGUGGACGUAGUUUGUUGGGGAAUGGAAGUCAACCUAGCUUGGCUGCAGAAUUGAAUGGAACGAAUAAUGGGGGAAUGGAUGAACAAAAAUUGUUGAAUAUUAUCAAAGAACAAGACAUUGAUAAUCAAAAAUUGAGAAAUUAUAUUAAUGGUAAGGUGGAAAGAGUUUUGGAUAGGGAAUUCGUUGGUUGAACCUCGUCUUUAAAUUCUCCUUGGAAGAUGAACUGGUGCUGAAAAGCUGGGGGGCCUUUGGGGGUUUCCAGACAUGGAACUGUAUAAUGAGGGAUCGUAGAGUAUCGUAUAGGCAACUUCCUACCCGGUCUUAUCUCACCUAAUAUUCCCCCCUGUAUGAUACUUCCUACCCGGUCCUACUUCCCCUAGUAUUCCCCCCUGUAUGAUACGAUACUCUCAUAUCCCACCUAGAGCUGUUUCGAAAUUACGACCUUAUGGGUUAUUUUUCGUUCGAUCUCCAAUUUUCGAAAAUUUUUUUUCCAAACCCUCCUUGCCCAUUCAUGUGAGAUAUCUCAUGUUGGUAAAACGGAACUUAAAAUUUUGG